AUGCAUGACCUAUUUAACCUAGACGCGCGUAGACAUACGUAUGCAUGCGUACCAGAGCAGGUGAGUGGUGCGGCAGAGCAGGUGAGUGGUGCGGCAGAGCAGGUGAGUGAUGCGGCAGAGCAGGUGAGUGGUGCGGCAGAGCAGGUGAGUGGUGCGGCAGAGCAGGUGAGUGGUGUAGCAGAGCAGGUGAGUGGUGCGGCAGAGCAGGUGAGUGGUGCGGCAGAGCAGGUGAGUGGUGCGGCAGAGCAGGUGAGUGGUGCGGCAGAGCAGGUGAGUGGUGCGGCAGAGCAGGUGAGUGGUGCGGCAGAGCAGGUGAGUGGUGCGGCAGAGCAGGUGAGUGGUGCGGCAGAGUCGGUGAGUGGUGCGGCAGAGCAGGUGAGUGGUGCGGCAGAGCAGGUGCGUGGUGCGGCAGAGCAGGUGAGUGGUGCAGCAGAGCAGGUGAGUGGUGCGGCAGAGCAGGUGAGUGGUGCAGCAGAGCAGGUGAGUGGUGCGGCAGAGCAGGUGAGUGGUGCGGCAGAGCAGGUGAGUGGUGCAGCAGAGCAGGUGAGUGGUGCAGCAGAGCAGGUGAGUGGUGCGGCAGAGCAGGUGAGUGGUGCGGCAGAGCAGGUGAGUGGUGCGGCAGAGCAGGUGAGUGGUGCGGCAGAGCAGGUGAGUGGUGCAGCAGAGCAGGUGAGUGGUGCGGCAGAGCAGGUGAGUGGUGCGGCAGAGCAGGUGAGUGGUGCGGCAGAGCAGGUGAGUGGUGCGGCAGAGCAGGUGAGUGGUGCGGCAGAGCAGGUGAGUGGUGCAGCAGAGCAGGUGAGUGGUGCAGCAGAGCAGGUGAGUGGUGCAGCAGAGCAGGUGAGUGGUGCGGCAGAGCAGGUGAGUGGUGCAGCAGAGCAGGUGAGUGGUGCAGCAGAGCAGGUGACUGGUGCAGCAGAGCAGGUGAGUGGUGCAGCAGAGCAGGUGAGUGGUGCAGCAGAGCAGGUGAGUGGUGCAGCAGAGCAGGUGAGUGGUGCGGCAGAGCAGGUGACUGGUGCAGCAGAGCAGGUGAGUGGUGCAGCAGAGCAGGUGAGUGGAGCGGCAGAGCAGGUGAGUGGUGCGGCAGAGCAGGUGAGUGGUGCGGCAGAGCAGGUGAGUGGUGCGGCAGAGCAGGUGAGUGGUGCGGCAGAGCAGGUGAGUGGUGCAGCACAGCAGGUGAGUGGUGCAGCAGAGCAGGUGAGUGGUGCAGCAGAGCAGGUGAGUGGUGCGGCAGAGCAGGUGAGUGGUGCGGCAGAGCAGGUGAGUAGUGCAGCAGAGCAGGUGAGUGGUGCAGCAGAGCAGGUGAGUGGUGCAGCAGAGCAGGUGAGUGGUGCAGCAGAGCAGGUGAGUGGUGCAGCAGAGCAGGUGAGUGGUGCGGCAGAGCAGGUGAGUGGUGCGGCAGAGCAGGUGAGUGGUGCAGCAGAGCAGGUGAGUGGUGCGGCAGAGCAGGUGAGUGGUGCGGCAGAGCAGGUGAGUGGUGCAGCAGAGCAGGUGAGUGGUGCAGCAGAGCAGGUGAGUGGUGCAGCAGAGCAGGUGAGUGGUGCGGCAGAGCAGGUGAGUGGUGCAGCAGAGCAGGUGAGUGGUGCAGCAGAGCAGGUGAGUGGUGCAGCAGAGCAGGUGAGUGGUGCAGCAGAGCAGGUGAGUGGUGCGGCAGAGCAGGUGAGUGGUGCAGCAGAGCAGGUGAGUGGUGCAGCAGAGCAGGUGAGUGGUGCGGCAGAGCAGGUGAGUGGUGCAGCAGAGCAGGUGAGUGGUGCAGCAGAGCAGGUGAGUGGUGCAGCAGAGCAGGUGAGUGGUGCAGCAGAGCAGGUGAGUGGUGCGGCAGAGCAGGUGAGUGGUGCAGCAGAGCAGGUGAGUGGUGCAGCAGAGCAGGUGAGUGGUGCAGCAGAGCAGGUGAGUGGUGCAGCAGAGCAGGUGAGUGGUGCGGCAGAUCAGGUGAGUGGUGCAGCAGAGCAGGUGAGUGGUGCAGCAGAGCAGGUGAGUGGUGCGGCAGAGCAGGUGAGUGGUGCGGCAGAGCAGGUGAGUGGUGCGGCAGAGCAGGUGAGUGGUGCGGCAGAGCAGGUGAGUGGUGCGGCAGAGCAGGUGAGUGGUGCAGCAGAGCAGGUGAGUGGUGCAGCAGAGCAGGUGAGUGGUGCAGCAGAGCAGGUGAGUGGUGCGGCAGAGCAGGUGAGUGGUGCGGCAGAGCAGGUGAGUGGUGCAGCAGAGCAGGUGAGUGGUGCAGCAGAGCAGGUGAGUGGUGCAGCAGAGCAGGUGAGUGGUGCAGCAGAGCAGGUGAGUGGUGCGGCAGAGCAGGUGAGUGGUGCAGCAGAGCAGGUGAGUGGUGCAGCAGAGCAGGUGAGUGGUGCAGCAGAGCAGGUGAGUGGUGCAGCAGAGCAGGUGAGUGGUGCGGCAGAGCAGGUGAGUGGUGCAGCAGAGCAGGUGAGUGGUGCAGCAGAGCAGGUGAGUGGUGCAGCAGAGCAGGUGAGUGGUGCAGCAGAGCAGGUGAGUGGUGCAGCAGAGCAGGUGAGUGGUGCGGCAGAGCAGGUGAGUGGUGCAGCAGAGCAGGUGAGUGGUGCGGCAGAGCAGGUGAGUGGUGCAGCAGAGCAGGUGAGUGGUGCAGCAGAGCAGGUGAGUGGUGCAGCAGAGCAGGUGAGUGGUGCGGCAGAGCAGGUGAGUGGUGCGGCAGAGCAGGUGAGUGGUGCGGCAGAGCAGGUGAGUGGUGCGGCAGAGCAGGUGAGUGGUGCAGCAGAGCAGGUGAGUGGUGCAGCAGAGCAGGUGAGUGGUGCAGCAGAGCAGGUGAGUGGUGCAGCAGAGCAGGUGAGUGGUGCGGCAGAGCAGGUGAGUGGUGCGGCAGAGCAGGUGAGUGGUGCGGCAGAGCAGGUGAGUGGUGCAGCAGAGCAGGUGAGUGGUGCAGCAGAGCAGGUGAGUGGUGCGGCAGAGCAGGUGAGUGGUGCGGCAGAGCAGGUGAGUGGUGCAGCAGAGCAGGUGAGUGGUGCAGCAGAGCAGGUGAGUGGUGCAGCAGAGCAGGUGAGUGGUGCAGCAGAGCAGGUGAGUGGUGCAGCAGAGCAGAUGAGUGGUGCAGCAGAGCAGGUGAGUGGUGCAGCAGAGCAGGUGAGUGGUGCAGCAGAGCAGGUGAGUGGUGCGGCAGAGCAGGUGAGUGGUGCAGCAGAGCAGGUGAGUGGUGCAGCAGAGCAGGUGAGUGGUGCAGCAGAGCAGGUGAGUGGUGCGGCAGAGCAGGUGAGUGGUGCAGCAGAGCAGGUGAGUGGUGCGGCAGAGCAGGUGAGUGGUGCGGCAGAGCAGGUGAGUGGUGCGGCAGAGCAGGUGAGUGGUGCGGCAGAGCAGGUGAGUGGUGCGGCAGAGCAGGUGAGUGGUGCAGCAGAGCAGGUGAGUGGUGCAGCAGAGCAGGUGAGUGGUGCAGCAGAGCAGGUGAGUGGUGCGGCAGAGCAGGUGAGUGGUGCAGCAGAGCAGGUGAGUGGUGCAGCAGAGCAGGUGACUGGUGCAGCAGAGCAGGUGAGUGGUGCAGCAGAGCAGGUGAGUGGUGCAGCAGAGCAGGUGAGUGGUGCAGCAGAGCAGGUGAGUGGUGCGGCAGAGCAGGUGACUGGUGCAGCAGAGCAGGUGAGUGGUGCAGCAGAGCAGGUGAGUGGAGCGGCAGAGCAGGUGAGUGGUGCGGCAGAGCAGGUGAGUGGUGCGGCAGAGCAGGUGAGUGGUGCGGCAGAGCAGGUGAGUGGUGCGGCAGAGCAGGUGAGUGGUGCAGCACAGCAGGUGAGUGGUGCAGCAGAGCAGGUGAGUGGUGCAGCAGAGCAGGUGAGUGGUGCGGCAGAGCAGGUGAGUGGUGCGGCAGAGCAGGUGAGUAGUGCAGCAGAGCAGGUGAGUGGUGCAGCAGAGCAGGUGAGUGGUGCAGCAGAGCAGGUGAGUGGUGCAGCAGAGCAGGUGAGUGGUGCAGCAGAGCAGGUGAGUGGUGCGGCAGAGCAGGUGAGUGGUGCGGCAGAGCAGGUGAGUGGUGCAGCAGAGCAGGUGAGUGGUGCGGCAGAGCAGGUGAGUGGUGCGGCAGAGCAGGUGAGUGGUGCAGCAGAGCAGGUGAGUGGUGCAGCAGAGCAGGUGAGUGGUGCAGCAGAGCAGGUGAGUGGUGCGGCAGAGCAGGUGAGUGGUGCAGCAGAGCAGGUGAGUGGUGCAGCAGAGCAGGUGAGUGGUGCAGCAGAGCAGGUGAGUGGUGCAGCAGAGCAGGUGAGUGGUGCGGCAGAGCAGGUGAGUGGUGCAGCAGAGCAGGUGAGUGGUGCAGCAGAGCAGGUGAGUGGUGCGGCAGAGCAGGUGAGUGGUGCAGCAGAGCAGGUGAGUGGUGCAGCAGAGCAGGUGAGUGGUGCAGCAGAGCAGGUGAGUGGUGCAGCAGAGCAGGUGAGUGGUGCGGCAGAGCAGGUGAGUGGUGCAGCAGAGCAGGUGAGUGGUGCAGCAGAGCAGGUGAGUGGUGCAGCAGAGCAGGUGAGUGGUGCAGCAGAGCAGGUGAGUGGUGCGGCAGAUCAGGUGAGUGGUGCAGCAGAGCAGGUGAGUGGUGCAGCAGAGCAGGUGAGUGGUGCGGCAGAGCAGGUGAGUGGUGCGGCAGAGCAGGUGAGUGGUGCGGCAGAGCAGGUGAGUGGUGCGGCAGAGCAGGUGAGUGGUGCGGCAGAGCAGGUGAGUGGUGCAGCAGAGCAGGUGAGUGGUGCAGCAGAGCAGGUGAGUGGUGCAGCAGAGCAGGUGAGUGGUGCGGCAGAGCAGGUGAGUGGUGCGGCAGAGCAGGUGAGUGGUGCAGCAGAGCAGGUGAGUGGUGCAGCAGAGCAGGUGAGUGGUGCAGCAGAGCAGGUGAGUGGUGCAGCAGAGCAGGUGAGUGGUGCGGCAGAGCAGGUGAGUGGUGCAGCAGAGCAGGUGAGUGGUGCAGCAGAGCAGGUGAGUGGUGCAGCAGAGCAGGUGAGUGGUGCAGCAGAGCAGGUGAGUGGUGCGGCAGAGCAGGUGAGUGGUGCAGCAGAGCAGGUGAGUGGUGCAGCAGAGCAGGUGAGUGGUGCAGCAGAGCAGGUGAGUGGUGCAGCAGAGCAGGUGAGUGGUGCAGCAGAGCAGGUGAGUGGUGCGGCAGAGCAGGUGAGUGGUGCAGCAGAGCAGGUGAGUGGUGCGGCAGAGCAGGUGAGUGGUGCAGCAGAGCAGGUGAGUGGUGCAGCAGAGCAGGUGAGUGGUGCAGCAGAGCAGGUGAGUGGUGCGGCAGAGCAGGUGAGUGGUGCGGCAGAGCAGGUGAGUGGUGCGGCAGAGCAGGUGAGUGGUGCGGCAGAGCAGGUGAGUGGUGCAGCAGAGCAGGUGAGUGGUGCAGCAGAGCAGGUGAGUGGUGCAGCAGAGCAGGUGAGUGGUGCAGCAGAGCAGGUGAGUGGUGCGGCAGAGCAGGUGAGUGGUGCGGCAGAGCAGGUGAGUGGUGCGGCAGAGCAGGUGAGUGGUGCAGCAGAGCAGGUGAGUGGUGCAGCAGAGCAGGUGAGUGGUGCGGCAGAGCAGGUGAGUGGUGCGGCAGAGCAGGUGAGUGGUGCAGCAGAGCAGGUGAGUGGUGCAGCAGAGCAGGUGAGUGGUGCAGCAGAGCAGGUGAGUGGUGCAGCAGAGCAGGUGAGUGGUGCAGCAGAGCAGAUGAGUGGUGCAGCAGAGCAGGUGAGUGGUGCAGCAGAGCAGGUGAGUGGUGCAGCAGAGCAGGUGAGUGGUGCGGCAGAGCAGGUGAGUGGUGCAGCAGAGCAGGUGAGUGGUGCAGCAGAGCAGGUGAGUGGUGCAGCAGAGCAGGUGAGUGGUGCGGCAGAGCAGGUGAGUGGUGCAGCAGAGCAGGUGAGUGGUGCAGCAGAGCAGGUGAGUGGUGCGGCAGAGCAGGUGAGUGGUGCGGCAGAGCAGGUGAGUGGUGCAGCAGAGCAGGUGAGUGGUGCGGCAGAGCAGGUGAGUGGUGCAGCAGAGCAGGUGAGUGGUGCAGCAGAGCAGGUGAGUGGUGCGGCAGAGCAGGUGAGUGGUGCGGCAGAGCAGGUGAGUGGUGCGGCAGAGCAGGUGAGUGGUGCGGCAGAGCAGGUGAGUGGUGCGGCAGAGCAGGUGAGUGGUGCAGCAGAGCAGGUGAGUGGUGCAGCAGAGCAGGUGAGUGGUGCAGCAGAGCAGGUGAGUGGUGCGGCAGAGAAGGUGAGUGGUGCAGCAGAGCAGGUGAGUGGUGCAGCAGAGCAGGUGAGUGGUGCAGCAGAGCAGGUGAGUGGUGCAGCAGAGCAGGUGAGUGGUGCGGCAGAGCAGGUGAGUGGUGCGGCAGAGCAGGUGAGUGGUGCAGCAGAGCAGGUGAGUGGUGCAGCAGAGCAGGUGAGUGGUGCAGCAGAGCAGGUGAGUGGUGCAGCAGAGCAGGUGAGUGGUGCGGCAGAGCAGGUGAGUGGUGCAGCAGAGCAGGUGAGUGGUGCGGCAGAGCAGGUGAGUGGUGCAGCAGAGCAGGUGAGUGGUGCAGCAGAGCAGGUGAGUGGUGCAGCAGAGCAGGUGAGUGGUGCGGCAGAGCAGGUGAGUGGUGCGGCAGAGCAGGUGAGUGGUGCGGCAGAGCAGGUGAGUGGUGCGGCAGAGCAGGUGAGUGGUGCAGCAGAGCAGGUGAGUGGUGCGGCAGAGCAGGUGAGUGGUGCGGCAGAGCAGGUGAGUGGUGCGGCAGAGCAGGUGAGUGGUGCGGCAGAGCAGGUGAGUGGUGCGGCAGAGCAGGUGAGUGGUGCGGCAGAGCAGGUGAGUGGUGCGGCAGAGCAGGUGAGUGGUGCGGCUGAGCAGGUGAGUGGUGCGGCAGAGCAGGUGAGUGGUGCGGCAGAGCAGGUGAGUGGUGCAGCAGAGCAGGUGAGUGGUGCGGCAGAGCAGGUGAGUGGUGCGGCAGAGCAGGUGAGUGGUGCGGCAGAGCAGGUGAGUGGUGCGGCAGAGCAGGUGAGUGGUGCGGCAGAGCAGGUGAGUGGUGCGGCAGAGCAGGUGAGUGGUGCGGCAGAGCAGGUGAGUGGUGCGGCAGAGCAGGUGAGUGGUGCGGCAGAGCAGGUGAGUGGUGCGGCAGAGCAGGUGAGUGGUGCGGCAGAGCAGGUGAGUGGUGCGGCAGAGCAGGUGAGUGGUGCGGCAGAGCAGGUGAGUGGUGCGGCAGAGCAGGUGAGUGGUGCGGCAGAGCAGGUGAGUGGUGCGGCAGAGCAGGUGAGUGGUGCGGCAGAGCAGGUGAGUGGUGCGGCAGAGCAGGUGAGUGGUGCGGCAGAGCAGGUGAGUGGUGCGGCAGAGCAGGUGAGUGGUGCAGCAGAGCAGGUGAGUGGUGCGGCAGAGCAGGUGAGUGGUGCAGCAGAGCAGGUGAGUGGUGCAGCAGAGCAGGUGAGUGGUGCGGCAGAGCAGAUGAGUGGUGCGGCAGAGCAGGUGAGUGGUGCAGCAGAGCAGGUGAGUGGUGCAGCAGAGCAGGUGAGUGGUGCAGCAGAGCAGGUGAGUGGUGCAGCAGAGCAGGUGAGUGGUGCGGCAGAGCAGGUGAGUGGUGCGGCAGAGCAGGUGAGUGGUGCAGAAGAGCAGGUGAGUGGUGCAGCAGAGCAGGUGAGUGGUGCAGCAGAGCAGGUGAGUGGUGCAGCAGAGCAGGUGAGUGGUGCGGCAGAGCAGGUGAGUGGUGCAGCAGAGCAGGUGAGUGGUGCAGCAGAGCAGGUGAGUGGUGCAGCAGAGCAGGUGAGUGGUGCGACAGAGCAGGUGAGUGGUGCAGCAGAGCAGGUGAGUGGUGCAGCAGAGCAGGUGAGUGGUGCAGCAGAGCAGGUGAGUGGUGCAGCAGAGCAGGUGAGUGGUGCAGCAGAGCAGGUGAGUGGUGCAGCAGAGCAGGUGAGUGGUGCGGCAGAGCAGGUGAGUGGUGCGGCAGAGCAGGUGAGUGGUGCAGCAGAGCAGGUGAGUGGUGCGGCAGAGCAGGUGAGUGGUGCAGCAGAGCAGGUGAGUGGUGCAGCAGAGCAGGUGAGUGGUGCGGCAGAGCAGGUGAGUGGUGCAACAGAGCAGGUGAGUGGUGCGGCAGAGCAGGUGAGUGGUGCGGCAGAGCAGGUGAGUGGUGCAGCAGAGCAGGUGAGUGGUGCAGCAGAGCAGGUGAGUGGUGCGGCAGAGCAGGUGAGUGGUGCGGCAGAGCAGGUGAGUGGUGCAGCAGAGCAGGUGAGUGGUGCAGCAGAGCAGGUGAGUGGUGCAGCAGAGCAGGUGAGUGGUGCAGCAGAGCAGGUGAGUGGUGCAGCAGAGCAGGUGAGUGGUGCAGCAGAGCAGGUGAGUGGUGCAGCAGAGCAGGUGAGUGGUGCAGCAGAGCAGGUGAGUGGUGCAGCAGAGCAGGUGAGUGGUGCGGCAGAGCAGGUGAGUGGUGCAGCAGAGCAGGUGAGUGGUGCAGCAGAGCAGGUGAGUGGUGCAGCAGAGCAGGUGAGUGGUGCGGCAGAGCAGGUGAGUGGUGCGGCAGAGCAGGUGGUGCAGCAGAGCAGGUGA